AUGGGCACAGUACUUGUGUGCAUGAUGGGCGCUUCGGUGCUAAUGCCCGAGCUCUGCCCCACCUGUAUGGUCUCCGCGAAGGCCUGCGAGCAACUCGAGUCGGAGUUCCCCAACUACCAGAGCCUGUCCUUGGCAGACCUCUUCAAGGAGUCGAAAGAGGAUGACAUCCAGCACCUCAUGUCGGGUCCUGAACCUGCCGUGGUCGACGUCGGGCUCGUGCAGAGCCUGCGGCUGCAAGCUGCCGUGAGGUGCCUAUUCUCCAAAGGGCCUGCUGGACCGGCGCUUUGCGACGCCGCAUACUGUGCCAGGCGCGGCUGCCUGAGGGAGCAGAAUGAGGAGGUCGGCUACACCAUGCUUGGUGAGUGCCCCGACGUGUGA